AUGGCACAGCCAGAGGACCCCAAGCUCUUCGAGCAGUGUCGGACCGCACAACAGUUAGCAGCAGUUAUCGAGGAAUAUGGCGGCGAGCCAUUAAUCCACCACUCCACCCCUACAAAGGAGGAAACGACUGGGUCAACUCACAUUGUCUCCGGCACGAUCAAUUUCGAAACAUACGACUUAGCUUGUAAAGCUUUGAUCCCCGUUGUCAAGCCAUCAUGGGUACACACUUCUCUACAGAAGCGCAAGAUUGCCAACCCCCGUCAGCAUAGUCCUGACCCGCGCCUUUUCCUGAACGACGUUGUAGUUACAUGUGGUGACAUCCCAGAAGGAGACAAAGAUGCGAUCAUUGGCGGGGUCUUGGCCAAAGGCGGGUUGUACAGCUCUCGCAUGUCCGCUAUGGUUACUCAUUUGGUGGAUUUGACAAUCGAGUCAGACAAGGCACGUCUGGCACGUGCUAAGAAUCCGCGUGCAAAGAUUAUUCUUCCUCAUUGGUUUGAUGACUGUUUGAAACUUGGUCAGCGUAUCGACGAGCGCCCGUACAUACUUCCCGAUCCCGAGAUUCUACGGGCCGGCCCUGAUGAUCCCAUCAGAGGGAAUGUAAAUAAGAGUCUGGCGGGUGCGUCAACUCCUGAGCCCGCUGCCUUGCCUACUCCGAAUGAUGAUGAGCGCAUGACUCCUAGUGUCUUCGAUGGGAAGACCAUCAUGCUGUCCCCAGACUUGGGUGUCGGUUCUCGUCUACUAGACUCAAUAGAAACCGUGAUCAAACAAGGUGGCGCAGAUGUGACAGGUAACGUGAAUGAGGCGGAUUGGGUUAUCUGUCGCUUCCGUGAGGGAGUUGUCUACCGCACUGCUUCGCGAUUGAAUAAAGAAGUUGGUAAUCUUGCUUGGCUUUAUUCUUUGAUGACCUUCAAUGAAUAUACUCGCCCUCUCAGCAGAUUGCUCCAUUACCCUGUUUCGCGCAGCCCUGUGCCUGGUUUCGAGGGGCUGAAGAUCAGUUUAUCCAACUACGUGGGUGAGGCUAGAAUUUAUCUCGAAAAUUUGAUUGCGGCAGCCGGAGCCGAUUGCACAAAGACUUUGAAGCAGGAGAAUACCCACUUAGUUACUGCACAUGGAACGAGUGAGAAAUGCACGGCUGCAAGGGAAUGGGGUCUGCAGGUUGUCAACCACUUAUGGCUAGAAGACAGUUACGCUGCCUGGAAACUGCAACCGGUUUCUGACCCGCGCUACAACCACUUUCCGUCGCGCACGAACCUUGGAGACAUUGCGGGUCAGAAGAUGCUGGACCGUGAUGUUCUCGAGAAGAAUUUCUUCUCAUCUGAAGACACCAAGCCCUCAAGCCCUCAACCUGCGAAGGCAGAGAAAAGCAAAAACGCAACUACGAUGCAGCCUCCUACUGAGAAGUCACGAAAGGCUGACAAGAAGGCCGCUGCGACUACAGAUGGUACAAUCGAGUCACCGCAGGCCAAUGGCAAAGGCCGCAAGGUCGCAGAAAAGAAGAUCCAGACUCCUAUACGAUCUCGGCUCGUGCCAGAUGACAAGGAGAAUGAGACGCCGUCAUCAACUAGCAGUCGUAAAUCCAAGGAGGCGGCCAUCGCACAUCUUCAUGAGCUUGCGCCAGACAUUGCUCUUUACGAGAAGGAGAGAAAACGAGUUGGCGGUGUCAUCCACGGUGGCAGACGCAAGUCCGACGAAGACCGCGUGCGCGAGAAUCCCAAGAAACGCCGCUCGGUUGAUGCCGAGGGUGAGAGCGAUACUGAACAAGCAAAUGAGGCGAAGCGACCUAAGAAGUCUCGACCCACUAUUUCAAUGCAUCUACUGAUUACUGGUUAUCAACCAUGGGUGGGCAAAGGCAAGGAGAAGAAAGAGGAUGCAGACAAGCGUCAUCUUCGAGACCUAGGUAUUAUGGUAAUCCAGGAUGCGCGUCGAUGCACCCAUAUGGCCGCGCCGUCAAUUCUGCGCACUACCAAGUUUGUCAAUGCAUUGGCAUAUGCUCCCUUCAUCGUCAGCACGGAUUUCAUUACUGAGUGUCUGAAGCAAGAUGAGUUGCUUAACCCGGCAGAUUUCCCAUUGGUUGAUAAGGCUGCUGAGAACAAGUUCGGGUUCUCUAUGGUCAAGGCCAUAGGCAAUGCGAAGGACAACAAGAACAAACUUCUCAAGGGCUUCCGUAUCUACUGCAUUGAUGAUAUCCGCGGUGGGUUUGAUGCAUUCAAGUCUAUCGUGGAGGCGAACGGAGGAGAGUGUCUGGUUUUCCGCGGUCGCCUUGCAUUGACAAACCCAUCCCGACGUGAGGAGAGCGAUGAUGAAGACAGCGACAUGGAAGACAACGAACCCGGCCGACAUGAUGUGUUCCUUUUGAGCAGUGCUGAGUCCAAGCAUGCACGUCUUUGGCCUCGAUUUCGCCAGGUUGCUGGCGAUAUCAAGCGGACACCUCGAAUUGUUCGGGUCGACUGGUUACUCGAUAUGGCGAUGUCACAGGAGUUGAAAGGAGUCGAUGAGUAUGAACUCACAGAGGAGAUGAUUGAGGAUCUUGAGUAG